AUGUGCCACGCAGACCAACACUGGACAGAAGCCCUACCCCUGGUUCUCCUCGGAAUCCGCACGGCAUUCAAAGAGGACCUGCAGGCAUCAGUUGCUGAGCUCGUGUAUGGCGAGCCGCUAAGAAUACCAGGAGAGCUGCUAACUCCGACUGCCGAGCCAGUGGAUCCAGCGCACCUCAUCACCCAACUUCGCCAAUACAUGGCCCGCCUCAGACCAAUUCCAGCAACACGCCAUGCCUCCCAGGCUACAUUCGUGCACAGCGACCUCGAGAAGUGCACGCACGUCUUCCUCCGGCAGGACACAGCUCGCAGAGCAUUGGAGCCCCCCUACAGCGGCCCCUACCAGGUCCUAUCACGGAAGGACAAGACAAUGCAAAUCCUCGUGCGCGGCAGGUUCGUCACCGUGUCAACCGAUAGGGUCAAACCUGCCUACAUGUUAAACGAGACAGGCCGUGGGACCACCACCGAGACCUUCAACCCUGCAGCCGACGAAACUACAACCGCGGUUCCGCAUGCCGUACCACCACAGCCUGUUCAACGAACUACACGCUCUGGACGUCAUGUACGUUUUCCUGAUCGCUUCAACAGCUGA